AUCGCCGCAUGAAAGAUAUUGGUUCAAGGAUAUCUCUUCAUUUUCAACAUAUUUUUCUACUGGGACUUUAUCAACAAGUUACUGCGCCUUUAUUGCGUGUUGCCUGAGUGGAGGACUAUGGCAGCUCGCCUGGCUUUAAACUUUAGAUUUAGGCUGGAGAUGGAGAUGGAAAUGUAUGCCUACUAGCUGGAACUGCCUGGGGAACUAUUACAUCAGACGAAAUGACAAUGAUUAAAAUCUGCUUUUUGCUGCUCUAAAUCUAUUGAGCGGCAGUUGCCUGUUAGGUUUCCUACCCCCUCUAAAUCACAACUUCACACCGUUAAGGGGAACGGUCUACUUUAGCCGGGGAAAAAAAAUAGAUAAGUUAUUAUAUCUGUGCAGUCAUAAUUUCGCGAAUAGGGGGGUAUCACGUUUUCUUCCUUGAGAAAAUUGCCUGGGCGAGAGAGUGGAGUUGAGCUAAUUGUAGCCUAAUCCCUGGCCCAGAGGCGCUUGGGCUGCCCGGAGCAAGAAUUUUCUUUUUUAGCUCUGCUCUGUUAUUUAGAGACGGAUUAUUGGCUUUCUUCUUCUCAUAACAAACCACAGGGGCAGUUUCAUUUAGGCACAAAAAAGCAAGACAAGAAGCAGGAUUCCAACAAGAGCGCACAUUUUUUACGCGUAUCCAAAUAAGAGCAGAGAAGGGGAAGGAGAUCAUCUCAUCUAUGUUCAAGGAGGGAAGAAGCAUGUCACGGCUGUCUCUGACCCGGUCCCCGGUCUCUCCCCUGGCCGCUCAGGGGAUCCCUCUGCCGGCUCAGCUGACCAAGGCGAGCCCGGUGCACAUCGAUGUCGGGGGGCACAUGUACACCAGCAGCCUGGCGACCCUCACCAAGUACCCAGACUCAAGAAUCAGUCGUCUGUUCAAUGGCACUGAGCCCAUCGUGUUGGACAGCUUGAAGCAGCACUACUUCAUAGAUCGGGACGGCGAGAUAUUCCGCUACAUUCUCAGUUUCCUCAGGACCAGCAAAUUGCUCCUUCCAGAUGACUUCAAGGACUUCCACCUGCUGUACGAGGAGGCUCGCUAUUACCAGCUGACGCCCAUGAUCAAGGAGCUGGAGCGCUGGAAGCAGGAGCGCGAGCAACGACGGAUGGCGCAGCCCUGCGACUGCCUGGUGGUUCGCGUCACGCCCGACCUAGGAGAGAGGAUUGCCUUGAGCGGUGAGAAGGUGCUCAUUGAGGAGAUCUUCCCUGAGACCGGAGACGUUAUGUGUAACUCAGUCAACGCCGGCUGGAACCAGGACCCAACACACGUCAUCCGUUUUCCCCUCAAUGGCUACUGCAGGCUCAACUCAGUCCAGGUUCUGGAGCGUCUUUUCCAGAAAGGUUUUAGCGUGGCAGCAUCUUGCGGGGGCGGCGUGGACUCAUCCCAGUUCAGCGAGUAUGUGUUGUGUCGUGAGGACCGGCGGAGUCUCUCUAUCAACACACCCAUCAGAAUAAAACAGGAACCCCUGGACUAGAGCAUUCUGGGUGAGGGACAGCAACCCACCCCCCCACCUCCCAAUUCUCCUUCCAUCUUCUCACACCACCCUGCCCUGCCUACUCCUGCCCCAUCCCACAACCACCCCCAGCAUACCUAAGUAUUAGCAGAGGCUUGUUAACCUCGCCAGCUCUGCAAAACUCUAAGGGGAAUGUAGUACCAAACAAAGGAAAAAAGCAUCAGCAGCAAAAGCUUUUGAUUAUGUUGAAUAACGCCCAAAGAAUCUGGGACUGUGAUGAAAACAACGGCGACACAUGGACUCAACAGCAGCUCACUUGAACCAUUUUAGGUUGAUUUUUUUGCUCUUCUUCUUAUGAAAAAGGUGUCCUGACCCUUUUGGAGUGGCACAACUGCUUCCUCCAUGAAUCCCAAAUCACUCCACUCCCCAACACACACACCUUGCCCCUCUACCCCUCUUUGAGUGGCGUAACAUCCGUUUCUGUUUCUGUAUGAGGACCCAUGUCUCGCCUGCUGUGGGACAAGAAAGCUUUGGCAGACAGGGGCUGUUAAGGAUGACAGGAAGAGGACAUAAUCCCAUCUUGAGAGUCCCCGAAAAGACCCCAAUCCCCGCAACCUUCCAACCCCAUCCCUCCUCACUCCAAGGCCUUGCUACAGGGCCUCGCUGAAAAACAGCAUCGGUCGCCAAACUGAUUGUUUAUUACAAUUUUCAUUGUUGUUUCUAAAGUAUGUUCUUCUUGCUCCUUUUGCUGUUCUUAUCAUGACAUGGUGUAAACAAUUAUUAUUAAUAGGAUUAUUUUUAAUGUCUCUUUUUUCCUUUCUCCAAUAUGAAGGAUGUAUGAACGUUGUAUUCAUUAGGCUUUGAGAGCUUGUGAGGGAGCGUUUCUUGGCAGUAGCUGCAGAAACUCAGAUGACUGCGGGCUAUGUGGCUAAAGCGAUCUGGCUGGCAAUGCAUUCAGAGCCGGAAAAAAGUCCCAUUGUUCAAACGGGGAUGGAAGAGAACCUGGAUCUUUCAAAAUUGUUUAUAGUCAGAUGUGUAGCACACAUAAAAAAGUGCUCUGGAAUUUCUGCUUAUUAGCUCUAAAACAUAUCUCGGGUCUGUGAUCGCAUUCUCUCUCACAGGCACAAACCUUUGCUCGCAUUAAGCAGAAGUUUAAGAGUCUGAAAAUUUGAAAUUUAGUUUUGCACAAGCUCUAAGUGCAUUGCAGUUUUGUUGAGUUAGAAUGUUAAAGACUUGAGGAUCAACGUUUACCAGUAUGUCUUAUGAUCAGCACAAGAUGUACUCUAAAUGCUUAAUGUUUCUUUGCACUUAAACAUUUCCUGCAGAGCUAUCCCUGCCCUGUUGCCACCAAACCAGUGACCAGUCAAGCUUUUUAUCUUCUCAUGUUUUUGGAGAGCAGAACAAUAAUACAUAAGGGGUAAGUCUUUUUUUUAAAAAAUGGGGUUGUAUGAGGUACUUAUCCAUAGACAGUAUAUUACGUACAGUAGAUGUCAGUCGGCAAGUUUAGAGAAGCAGCAUGGAGUGCUACAUGGAAGCUAAGCAAUCUACCACUGUAAAGGGGUCAGCAACAAAAAAACUCAGUUAAGUGUAUGCAAUAUUAAGUAUUUUAAUUGCUUCGAAUUAAUGUCAGACAGUGAUUUCAAAUGGUAAAAUGGAGCUGUUAUAGCCCUCUCUUUGAAACCAUACUCUAUUGAGAAAAUCCAUGAUUUAACAGCUAAACACAGGAGCUGAUAGUCUACCGCUGCCACGAUCAGUUGGUUUGAAUAUGUUAAUGUGUGACUUUGGCAUUUAAAAGACUUGGUUCAUAUUCACCAAAGUCACACAAUAACACACUAACAGACUGAUAGAAGUAGCAGUAGAAACACAGCUUUCAUAUGCAAUCUAAAAUUGCUAUUUUUUGUCAAUGGAGUCUGGUGGCUUUGACAAAGCACAGAUGGGGAACUGAAGCAGGUAAUAGCUCUCCUGUCAGAACAGGCAGAUUGACAAAAAGGUGAAGUGGUGAAAAAUACUCUCAAUAUUACGUACACUUAAACCGAUAUUGAUUUUUUUCAGGUGGCUAAAAUAUGUUUUGUUGCUGAGAACCAUUCACCGCAGUGCAUUGCUUAGCUUGUUUGUCUGCUUCUCAAAACUGGGCCGACUGCCAUCUACUGUAUGUAAUACACUGACUAUAAUUAAGUACCCCAUACAACCCCACCUCAAAAAAUCCUAACUAUUCCUUUAAAAACAAGCAAAAGUUACGACAGAACAAAUCCUGUAGGUACCAAAGGAGACAAGGUGCCUAUUUUGUUGAUUGUACAAAAAUAGAGGCGUUGUUUCUUUUUACGGUUUAUUGCAAAAGACGACGCAGUGCGUGAUUAAAAAACUGUGUGAAGGGUACCCACAUUUGUUCCUUCAGGCCUCACAUCUUCACAGUUUUGUUGAGAAUAGCUCACAGUACCUCCACGCAAAGUUUGAGAGACAAAGUCUCUGUUUCAAUAUUGUCACUUCUAAGCCAAGAUUAUUUCGACGGUUCUUCACAUGUAUGUAUGGCAGAACCCAAAGUGAACUGUACUCCCAGCAUCAGCGUCUUAUUCACAAAGAGGCGAGUGGGCGGCAUUUACUCUAUCCUGCUCUCAUUCUUUUGGUCUUAUUCUCAACAUUUCUGGAUCAAAGACAGAAACAAGAAAGGCCAAGUUUUCAUGCUUUGUAUUUGUGUGUAACUUACAGAUGCUGUUUCUUCUAUUCUAAAAGACUGAUAAAAAAAAGAGAUCUGAUCUUUGUGAGCUCUGGCAUUUGUUUGAGUUAAACUGGGGUUGUUUUUGUAAACUGGUUGUUCAUUAAAAAAUGGGUGGUAGUUCUGACCAUGUUGUCCUAAUAUCGGCUCUCUCCGGAUGGCCGCUGAUUAAACAAGGCCAAUGAGUGGAUAAAGAUGAGCUCGGUGUAAGUGUAGCUCCCAGUCGAGUGCACUCCUCCCCGGGGGUCUCUCUCACAAUCAAGCCCAUCUUUGUUCUGACCUGCCAGUGGCCUGCGCCUUUGCAUUCAGUCGCCUCAAAGGGAAUGGUCAACCAGGCCUUUCAUGUGCCGAGGCAUGUUGGGCUCUUCACAGCGUUCUCCACCCCCCUCCGCCUCCCCGAAGGCUCCCUAGCUCAGUGGUGCCAGUAGAAACUUGGGUUGCACCCCCUGCUGCUGUGUCAUCCCCAUGCCCUGAUUUUUCAAAACGUCCUCCUACACUGUGGCUUGCUGGACCACACUGCAACAAACCAAACUGAUGAGUCAAAUCUGAGCACACUCAGAACUUACUGACUUGACUCUGCUGCUGAUCCUGAGAACUUUGAUCCAGUUGUUAUGAGGUGUUCAAACUCAUCUGGGUCAGUUCUCGAGGAAACAGGGGUAAAAACAAUUAGUGUUGUACCAAAACCACACAUCUGCAAGAAUUACUUUUUUCAUGGAGGAAGGAAAUAAGGCAUAUUUUCUUACUGAUGUGGCAUUGGGAAAUCACAGAAUGGGCUUUUAUCAGCUUUAAAAAGCUUAGGGGUCAGGCACAUUAGAAUAAAAAACAGAAAUGGCCUUUCAAACUUGCACAUGAAGUGAGAAAAAGGAACAAAAAUGCAGUUUGGGGUUUCUGUCUGCAAAAACCAAACCUGGGAUGGCCCUUUCGAGUCAACAUAAGAGUAGCUACAAAGUGGGACAAACUUGACAGGACUGGAACUUCACAGACAUGUUCACACAUGCAACCCUUUCAGAUGAAGUGCUGGUCAGUGUUUCAGCCAGUUCUCAUGGCAUUCACUCCACCUCUGAGGCAGGUCACUUGUAUAGUUAUUGUAUAUUGAAUUAUCAGGACUCUGGGUUUUAUGGGGACCCUCGUGUUUUUAAGACACCUCUUAGUCCUCUUCACUAAAAGAAUAAAAAGAAUUCAAAGCAUUACAUUGUGUACAUAUGGAUUGAAACAUUUCAAAGGGUAUAAUAAGGUGCAAAAUGUAUAUUAUUUAAAGUGUUAAAAACAAUUAGACUGUGGUAUUAAAGGGCAUGUGUUCAUUUACAGUGUCUCCAUUUGACUUUUCUUGCAUAUUUGCGAUAAUAAAAGGAUGUACUGA